AUGGGCAACAACCUCGUCCAGAACUUCAUCACCAAGGAGUACCGCGCGCUCGUGCAGGCCGUCUUUGACAACGCGCUCGGCGGCGUCGAGACGGCCAACUUCGAGUUCCCCCUCGUCACCAAGGCCGGCGCCCGCGUCGAGGUGCUCCUCAACGCGACGCCCCGCCGCGACGAGCGCGGCGCCGUCAUCGGCGUCGUCGGCAUCGGCCAGGACAUCACCGCGCGCAUCAACCAGGAGCGCGAGUACGCGCGCUUGAUCGACACGGCGAACGCGCCCAUCUUCGGCGUCGACGUCAACGGCAAGGUCAACGUCUGGAACCAGUGCGCCAUCCGCAUGACGGGCUACACGGGCGAGGACGUCAUGGGCAAGCACCUCGUCAACGAGUUCAUCACCGACGACUACAAGUCGUCCGUGCAGGACGUCAUGAAGAAGGCGCUCGAGGGCGACGAGACGGCCAACUUCGAGUUCCCGCUCCACACGAAGCUCGGCGCCCGCGUCCAGAUCCUCCUCAACGCGACGACGCGCCGCGACGAGCACGGCGCGGUCCUCGGCGUCGUCGGCAUCGGCCAGGACAUCACGGCGCGCAUCGCCCAGGAGCAGGAGUACGCGCGCCUCAUCGACACGGCGAACGCGCCCAUCUUCGGCAUCGACGCGGACGGCAACGUCAACGUCUGGAACAGCUGCGCGUCGCGGCUCAUGGGCUACGGCCCCGAGGACGUCAUGGGCAACAACCUCGUCCAGAACUUCAUCACCAAGGAGUACCGCGCGCUCGUGCAGGCCGUCUUUGACAACGCGCUCGGCGGCGUCGAGACGGCCAACUUCGAGUUCCCCCUCGUCACCAAGGCCGGCGCCCGCGUCGAGGUGCUCCUCAACGCGACGCCCCGCCGCGACGAGCGCGGCGCCGUCAUCGGCGUCGUCGGCAUCGGCCAGGACAUCACCGCGCGCAUCAACCAGGAGCGCGAGUACGCGCGCUUGAUCGACACGGCGAACGCGCCCAUCUUCGGCGUCGACGUCAACGGCAAGGUCAACGUCUGGAACCAGUGCGCCAUCCGCAUGACGGGCUACACGGGCGAGGACGUCAUGGGCAAGCACCUCGUCAACGAGUUCAUCACCGACGACUACAAGGCGUCCGUGCAGGACGUCAUGAAGAAGGCGCUCGAGGGCGACGAGACGGCCAACUUCGAGUUCCCGCUCCACACGAAGCUCGGCGCCCGCGUCCAGAUCCUCCUCAACGCGACGACGCGCCGCGACGAGCACGGCGCGGUCCUCGGCGUCGUCGGCAUCGGCCAGGACAUCACGGCGCGCAUCGCCCAGGAGCAGGAGUACGCGCGCCUCAUCGACACGGCGAACGCGCCCAUCUUCGGCAUCGACGCCAACGGCAACGUCAACGUCUGGAACAGCUGCGCGCAGCGCCUCACGGGCUACGACGGCCAGGACGUCAUGGGCAAGCACCUCGUCAACGAGUUCAUCACGCCCGAGUACAAGGCCCCGGUCCAGAACGUCUUCGACUCGGCCCUCGAGGGCGUCGAGACGGCGAACUUCGAGUUCCCGCUCAUCACGAAGCAGGGCACGCGCAUCGAGGUCCUCCUCAACGCGACGACGCGCCGCGACGAGAAGGGCCGCCAGAUCGGCGUCGUCGGCAUCGGCCAGGACAUCACGGCGCGCAUCGCCCAGGAGCAGGAGUACGCGCGCUUGAUCGACACGGCGAACGCGCCCAUCUUCGGCAUCGACGUCAACGGCCACGUGAACGUCUGGAACCAGUGCGCGUCGCACCUCACGAGCUUCGCGGGCCGCGACGUCAUGGGCAAGCACCUCGUCAACGAGUUCAUCACCGCGGACUACAAGGAGUCGGUCCAGGAGGUCUUCAUGAAGGCCCUCGACGGCGUCGAGACGGCGAAUUUCGGCUUCCCCCUGCAGACGAAGCAGGGCACGCGCGUCCAGAUCCUCCUCAACGCGACGACGCGCCGCGACGAGCAGGGCGCGGUCAUCGGCGUCGUCGGCAUCGGCCAGGACAUCACGGCGCGCAUCGCCCAGGAGCAGGAGUACGCGCGCCUCAUCGACACGGCGAACGCGCCCAUCUUCGGCGUCGACGCCAACGGCAACGUGAACGUCUGGAACCGGUGCGCGUCGAACCUCACGGGCUUCCGCGGCUCGGACGUCAUGGGCCGCCACCUCGUCAACGACUUCAUUACGCCCGAGUACAAGCAGAGCGUCCAGGACGUCUUCGAGACGGCGCUCCGGGGCACGGAGACGGCGAACUUCGAGUUCCCGCUCAUCACGAAGCAGGGCACGCGCGUCGAGAUCCUGCUCAACGCGACGACGCGCCGCGACGAGCACGACUUCAUCGUCGGCGUCGUCGGCAUCGGCCAGGACAUCACGGCGCGCAUCGCCCAGGAGCAGGAGUACGCGCGCCUCAUCGACACGGCGAACGCGCCCAUCUUCGGCAUCGACGUCAACGGCCACGUGAACGUCUGGAACCAGUGCGCGUCGAACCUGACGGAGUUCGACGGCGACGAGGUCAUGGGCAACCACCUCGUGCGCGAGUUCAUCCGCGAGGAGUACCGGGCGAGCGUGCAGAACGUCUUCGACAGCGCGCUCAACGGCACGGAGACGGCGAACUUCGAGUUCCCGAUGAUCACGAAGCGCGGCGCGCGCGUGGAGAUCCUGCUCAACGCGACGACGCGGCGGGACGCCAUGGGCGCCGUCGUCGGCGUCGUCGGCAUCGGCCAGGACAUCACGGCGCGCAUCGCCCAGGAGCGCGAGUACGCGCGGCUCAUCGACACGGCGAACGCGCCGAUCUUCGGCGUCGACGUCAACGGCCACGUCAACGUCUGGAACCAGUGCGCGUCCAACCUCACGGGCUUCGCCGGCGAGGAGGUCAUGGGCAACCACCUCGUGUCGACCUUCAUCACCGUCGAGUACCGCACGUCCGUGCAGGACGUCCUCGAGAAGGCGAUGCGCGGCGUCGAGACGGCCAACUUCGAGUUCCCGCUCAUGAACAAGGACGGCACGCGCCUCAUCAACAUCCUCCUCAACGCGACGACGCGGCGCGACGCCAUGGGCGGCGUCGUCGGCGUCGUGGGCAUCGGCCAGGACAUCUCCGAGGCGCGCGCGAAGCAGGACGCGGUGCUCCGGCAAAGAGCUGUGCAGCGCGAGGCCGAGGCCGCGCAGGCCGCGCAGGCGACGAUCAGCGCCCACGUCUACCACGAGAUCCGCAACGUCGUCGGCGCCGUGCUCGCGCUCGCGGACCGCGUGUCCGAGGCCGUCGAGCUCGCGCUCGAGGAGGGCACCGUCGCCGGCGGCGACGACGUCGCCGCGGCCAAGAGCAAGGCCGCGGCGCUCAAGGAGCGGCUCCCGAAGCAGGUGCGCCAGCUCACGGAGCACCAGCGCCUCGUCUGCCAGCACGCCGUCAACACGCUCAACGACAUGCUCGACGUCGCCAAAAUCGAGAACGGCAUGUACACGCCCAAGGAGGACGUCGUCGACCUCGGCGACCUCUGCAGCCGCGCGGCCAAGCUCCAGGGCCCGCGAUUAAGGCCCGGCGUCGAGCUGGUGGUGGACGCGCCGCCCCAGGGGUCGCUCGUGGUCCUCACGGACAGCGUGCUGCUCCUCCAGUUCCUCACGAACUUGUUGAGCAACGCGGCCAAGUUCACGUCCGCAGGCAAGGUCAUGGUCCACUGCCACGUGCUGAGCGCGCCCGCGGAAGGAUCGUCCAUCUCCAAGCCCGCGGCCAGCGACUCGGACGAGUACGUGGACCUCGUGCUCGCCGUCGCGGACACGGGGCCGGGCAUCGCGACGGCGCAGCAGCAGCGCGUGCUUUUGGCGUUCACGACGGGCGACGCGGUGCCCCACGAGGAUCUACGGGACGCGUCGCGGUCGACGGGCAUCGGGCUGCGCCUCGCGGACCUCAUCGCGAACGUGCUCUGCUCCGCGGAGCCGCACCAGCCCGAGGGGUUCCGGACGUCGGUCGUCGGCGGCGGCGGCGGCGGCGGCGGCAGCCCCGGGGAGCCGCCGGCGUCGGGCGAGAAGAAGUGGUGGCGCAAGCAGCGGCGGGGCAUCCAGCUCGAGUCGCCCGUGUCGGCGGAGGUCCGGGCGAAGAUGGCGCCCGAGGGCGGGCCGGGCACGCUGUUGUGGCUGGUCGCGCGCAUGAAGCGCGCGCCCGAGCCGCUCAAGGCGCGGCUCGCGGCGCCGUCGCCGUCGCUCGGCGGCUUCCGGCUGGAGCUGCGGGGCCGCAUGCGCGUGCUCGUCGUCGACGACCAGCGCACGAUGCGCCAGAUGGUCGCGACGCUCUUCCAGCGGCUCUGCCAGGACAACGCGGACCUGCGCGUCGAGUUGCACACGUGCCUCAGCGGCGAGCAGGCGAUCCGCCAGGCGGCCGCGUGCACCUACCACGUCAUCACCAUGGACGAGCAGCUGAGCGAGCCCUACUGCCGCGCCGUCGCCAAGGAGCGGUGCGACCGCGAGGCCAAGGGCGAGCUCAACGCCGUCGCGCGCGGCGCGGACGGGUUGCCCGCGCCGCUCGGCUUCGGGCCGGACCGCAUCGAGAACGCGCAGAAGCGGCUGGCCUUCUUCGACGCGGAGAUCGACUACCAGUCGCCCCGCGACGGCGACGGCAUCCUCCCGGGCCACGAGGCCAUCUCGAGGAUCCGCGAGGCCGAGGCCGCGGCCGCGCGGCCCGCGGCGAUCAUCUUCAACCUCACGGGCAACGUCCUCGAGAGCGACCGCACGAAGUACACCGAGAGCGGCUCCAACGGCGUCCUGCCCAAGCCCACGAAGCUCAGCGACCUCCAGAACCUCCUCAGCGUCGCCGUGCCCCAGUUCCUCCACCGCGGCUUCUGCGACCGGCGGGGCGACGCGGUCUUCAUGGCCCGCAGCGACCUCCAGAUCGGCACCUUCCUCCCGCCCCAAUCGUAGCGACCGGCGGCGGGGCAACGUAACGAUACCGCCCGG